CGAUUUCUCGUAAAAGAAGGGAGCCCCCCAGCACAGCGACAAAGUGGAUUGGGCCUGCUGGCGGGGGCCCCACCAGCUGCACCCCUUCACCUUCCAUUCCAUUCCCCUUCUCUCCUCUCUCGGUCCAGUCUCCAGCUCCAGCCCUCCCACCGCUCCAGCCAGUCCCACCAGCUGCUCCUUCCCUGCCUGCUUCCCCUGUUUCUUUGGCUCCUUCCCCGCUGCCCUCCGCGCCGCACGCCCGCACGCCACGCCAUAGAACAGAAUGUUCUUGGAUGCUCUCGCGCCCGCAACAUUCCCUUCCUAGUACGGCCCGCCCCUUCGAUCCAUAAACAAAAGGCAAGGAAGGCUGCGCCGCCGUCUGCCUCUCUCCUCUCUUCGUCCACGGCCCACGGGGUUCUUGCCUCUCCCUAGUCCCUUCUUCAUCACCCUGACCAGUGGGUUUAGCGAGCGAGCGCAGGCGCCGUCGGUUGAUUUCCCGCGUAAAGCUUGGAUCUUGGCGCGUGGACUGCCGUAGGUGCCGGCGGCGGCGAGGCCGCGAGGGUCUGGAAGUUUGGGCGGAUUUCUCUGUCCCGAGUUCAGGAGCGCUUCUCCGCAGAUGUGCAACUUCGUCUGGCUCUUCCGCGUGCUCUGGCGGAUCCUCAGCGUCGCCUUCUGAGCCCCAGCCUCCCAGCCCCCGCGCGCCGUCCGCUCCGCCUCGCCCGCCGGCGACUCCCGGACUGGACUGGACUGGACUGACUGAGCCUCUCUCCGCGCGGGGAAAAGUUUUCCCGUCGGUGGGGUUUCCUGUCGAGUUCGUUCGGUCCAAGCGCGUCGCGUGCGGUUCGGCGGAAAGCUGGGACGCUGCUGGUGCUCGCUGGGUGCUGCCUUUGGUCUCAUUGGCGCUGCAGUGUGGCGGUGUCCGCCGUCCUGCCGGCUGGCCGUCUUGGAGGCUGGAACCAGCUAGCAGCAGCUCCGUCCGGGACGAUGGCCUGCCUCAAGCUGGGAUCCAGGGCUGAUGUCUUCCGGAAGCAAGGGCAGGAGUGUGCUUCCUGGCGGAUUGUGUGAUACCGUUAUUUAUUUAUUUAUCUAUCAUUGUUAUACCUACGACCACAAUCGACCACUAGUAUUUGUCUACGCGCGCGAAUCAAAGGUACUGCACAUCUGGUCUUCCCAGUGAUAUAUCUGUGGUAGUUGGGGAACAGUCUUUCCAUCUUCACAAGUUUCCUCUACUAUCGAAAAGUGGCCUGUUGGAGAAGCGAAUCAGAGAGAAAAUCGAUAACAGGGACGAUAGCUGUGCAAUUGAUCUAUCUGAUAUUCCUGGUGGGGCGAAGGCUUUUGAACUGGCUGCCAAAUUUUGCUAUGGUGUAAAGUUUGAAAUGACUGCCUCCAACGUUGUACACCUUCGUUGUGCUGCUGAUUACCUUGAGAUGACGGAAGAGAUAUCCGAGGGGAAUUUGAUCGCAGAGACAGAGAGCUUCCUUACCCAAACAGUCCUCAAGAGCUGGAAGGAUUCAGUCAAGGCGCUUCAAACUUGCGACAACGUCCUUGAUGUUGCUGAAAGAUUGCAGAUUGUAAAGAGGUGUGUAGACUCUAUUGCGACUAGAUCAUGCAGUGACCCUGAUUUAUUUGGCUGGCCAGUAGCCCAUUAUGGAGGCCCCAUGCAGAGUCCUGGAGGGAGUCUCUUGUGGAAUGGUAUUAGCACGGGAGCAAGGCCCAGAAAUAGCAGCCCGGAUUGGUGGUAUGAUGAUGUCUCAUGUUUAAGCCUCCCGUUAUACAAAAAGCUCAUCUCAGCCAUGGAGUAUCGGGGCAUCAGUCAGGGGGUUAUUGUUGGAUCCCUUAACCAUUAUGCAAAAAGGCGUUUGCCUGGUUUGAAUCGGCGUAAAAGCAUCGGUGAUGCUAGCAACUGUCUUUCUAUGACUAGUUUAACAUCCAUCCCUUCUGAAGAUGACCAGAAGUAUCUUCUCGAGGAGAUCGAUAGACUACUCCCUUUCCAAAGGGGUGUUACAUCAUGCAAGCUGCUGUUUGGCCUCCUGCGCACGGCAAUCUUCCUGAAAGCCAGCCCCUCCUGUGUGUCGAACUUGGAGAGACGGAUAGGUAUGCAGCUUGACAAGGCCAGCUUGGAAGACCUUUUGAUACCGAAUGUCUCUGAUUCUGUGGAAACCCUGUAUGAUGUGGAGUGUGUGCAGAGGAUUGUAGACCAUUUCUUGUCAAUGGACCAAGAAACUGGUGGGGCCUCCCCUGGCAUUGGUGAAGAUGGGCAAAUGUUAGCAUCACCAUCCUUAAUGCCAAUAACUAUGGUUGCUAAGUUGAUUGAUGGCUAUCUGGCUGAAGUUGCACCAGACAUGAACUUGAAGUUGCCAAAGUUUCGGUCUUUGGCUGCUGCUAUACCGGAUUAUGCUCGUCCAAUAGAUGAUGGGCUUUAUCGUGCUAUUGACAUAUAUCUCAAGGCGCACCCAUAUCUGCCAGAAUCGGACAAGGAAGAGCUCUGCCGGGUGAUGGACUGCCAGAAGCUGUCCCUGGAGGCCUGCACACACGCGGCGCAGAACGAGCGCCUCCCGCUCCGUGUCAUCCUGCAGGUCCUCUUCUUCGAGCAGCUCCAGCUGCGGAGCUCCAUCGCGGAAUGCCUCAUGAUCUCAGAGCCCCUAGACGGCGGCGGCGGCUUCUCGCGGCAGCUCGGCGGCCUGCCUGUCUCGGGCGAGCACCUCCGCGGCGCUGGCUGGCCCCUGGCCGCCAGGGAGAACCAGACGCUGCGGGAAGGUAUGGACAGCAUGAAGCAGCGCGUGUCGGAGCUGGAGAAGGAGUGCUUUGCCAUGAAGGAGGACAUCGAGCGGCUCGGCCGCAGCAGGAGCGCGGGCAAGAGCAGGUUCCCGUUCGCGCUCGCCGCAAAGCCCCACGUCUGCGGCACCAAGGACAAGGAGGCUGCUCCGGAAUCGUCAAAGUCGGAGACGUCAAAGUCGAAGGCAGCGGCGGCGACCAGGAGCGAUGACAAGUUGGCUGUGGUCAAGGGCGGUGCCGCUGCCGCCGGUGAUGGCGGGCCGCAGCUGAAGCACAGGAAGCACAAGACGAGCCUGUCUGCCUGUUAGUUUUUAGAUAUCUACAAGCACACAGUAUAGGCCCUGAAUGAACAACGACUGUGAGUGAGAGACGCUAUCGAUGUGAUGCUCAUUUUUUUUUCUUGGACAUUUGCUCAGUGAAAAAUGCAUAGCGUUACCAGCGUGUCUUGGACUUCCAGCUGUACCAUGCUUCCCCGUUGUGGUUGUACAUGUCCAUGAAUCGGAAAAGAAUUUACUAGUAGAAUCCUACCGAGUUCCUGUGAAUUACUGGGGUUCCAAACCGUCUCUCAAACUCAAACCUCAAACUUGAAAGGGAUCCGCAUUGAUUUUGAUAAAUGUAUUGUCA